GUCUCUCUCUCUCUCUCUCUAGAUCUCAGAAACCCAAAAACCAUCCUCUCUCUCUCUCUCUCUCUCUCUCUCUCUCUGGCGCGCGCCGAAAGAGAGAGACUUGAGAGGGUGGAGGUGUCCGCCGCAUCUACGGUCUCGCCGUCGAGCGGCGGCCGCCGCCGCCAUGGUCGAAGCCCAGACAUGGACGACCCGCCGGAUGAGCAACCCGAGGCUGGACCCCGCCGCCUCCGCCGCCGACCAGCUGGUCGACAUCCCGGCGACCCCCCCCGGCGAGGCCCGCGGCAACGCCGCCGCGGGAUCCCACCACCUCUCCCCCACCGUCCUGACGGCCCUGAUCAUCGCCUCCUGGUACCUCUCCAACAUCGGCGUCCUCCUCCUCAACAAGUACCUCCUCAGCUUCUACGGCUAUCGGUACCCCAUCUUCCUGACGAUGCUCCACAUGAUUUCUUGCUCCAUCUACAGCUACUUCGCCAUUAAUUUCCUCGAGCUAGUCCCCCUCCAGCACAUCCUCUCGCGGAAGCAGUUCUUGAAGAUCUUCGCUCUGAGCGCCAUUUUUUGCUUCUCGGUCGUUUGUGGGAAUACCUCGCUGAGGUACAUUCCUGUUUCGUUCAAUCAGGCCAUCGGGGCGACGACGCCCUUCUUCACCGCGAUCUUUGCUUUCUUGAUUACUUGCAAGAAAGAGACCGGGGAGGUGUACCUCGCUCUCCUGCCUGUGGUUUUUGGGAUUGUUGUGGCCAGCAAUAGUGAGCCCUUGUUUCAUUUGUUUGGGUUCUUGGUCUGUGUUGGCUCGACUGCCGGGAGGGCUUUGAAGUCGGUGGUUCAAGGGAUUUUGCUGACGUCUGAAGCUGAGAAGCUUCACUCCAUGAACUUGCUAUUGUACAUGGCGCCGAUGGCAGCUAUGAUUCUGUUGCCCUUUACUCUGUACAUCGAGGGCAAUGUGGCUGCGGUCACCAUCGAGAAGGCACGGAGCGAUCGAUUCAUUGUGUUCCUGUUGGUGGGGAACGCAACGGUGGCGUAUUUGGUGAACUUGACGAAUUUCAUGGUGACGAAGCACACCAGCGCGCUCACAUUGCAGGUGCUCGGGAAUGCCAAGGCGGCUGUGGCGGCUGUCGUGUCGGUUUUGAUAUUUAGGAACCCCGUGACAGUGAUGGGGAUGACGGGGUUUGCCGUCACGAUCAUGGGCGUGGUGCUCUACAGCGAGGCGAAGAAGAGAUCGAAGGUCAUGAUGAAUCGUUGAGAGAGUUAACAAGGUGAUCCAGAAUACGGUGCAGCUCUUUUAUUUCUUUUGUAUGUUCGCAUUGGAAUUCAUCAAUUCUUAUCGAUGCUUUAGUUGAUUGGAGGGAAAUAUGAUUUAAGGAAGGAAGCUAAUGAGAUUGAAUUGUAUAGGACGGGGAUGAAGGGAAAGAGAUCUGAGGAGAUCUGAUUUCUCUUGAGUCCCUCUUUCUCUUUUCUUGCCUUUAAUUGUUCUUGAUUGGUGGGGGUAGAAUAAGAGAAUGAACUCUUCUCUUUUACUCUACCCUGCAAUGUUAUAGCUUUUUGUAUUGGGACUUCGCAAAGAUUUAUUCCAAUAUCAUUGGCAACGCAUUAUGUGGGAAGAAAAGUCUUCCCAACUUCAA